CCCCGCCCGAGCCUCACAUGAGCGAGCGGGGCCGGGCCGGGCCGGGAUGGGGCAGCGCGAUCGGAUGUUCAAGGUGCUGGUGGUGGGGGACGCCACGGUGGGCAAGACCUCGCUGGUGCAGCGCUACGCCAACGACAGCUUCAACCGGCACUACAAAUCCACCGUGGGCGUGGAUUUUGCUCUGAAGGUGGUUCAGUGGUCGGACUCGGAGACGGUUCGGCUGCAGCUCUGGGACAUUGCAGGGCAGGAACGCUUCACGUCCAUGACCCGCCUGUACUACAGGGAGGCCUCAGCCUGUGUCAUCAUGUUCGAUGUCACCAACGCCAGCACCUUCAGCAACAGCCAGAAGUGGAAGCAGGACCUGGACAGCAAGCUGCUGCUGCCAGACGGCAGCCCCGUGCCCUGCCUGCUGCUGGCCAACAAGUGUGACCUUUCCCCGUGGGCAGUGAGCAGGGAAGAAAUCGAUCGGUUCAGCAAAGAGAAUGGAUUUUCGGGAUGGGUGGAGACCUCCGUGAAGGAAAACAAGAACAUCAGCGAGGCCAUGAGGGUUCUGAUAGAGAAGAUGAUGUCCUCGUCCCCUGGAGAUGGAGGCUCCUGCUCUGCUGGCUCUGGGGAUUACAUCAGCAUCAAGGAGAGCUCCCCUCCGGGCUGGGCCUGCUGCUGAGGCCACUGAGGCUGCUGAGGCCACUGAGGCUGCUGAGGCCACUGAGGCUGCAUGCCCCGGCUCCGGCUCUGAUGGGCUGCUCACCAGCACCAUCAUCAUCAUCAUCACCAUCA